AUUUUAUUUCAGGGUGUUGAUCACCAUCAUCUGAAAAUAUUAUGAAUAUUACCAUGAUAAUUUUGAAGAGAGUGGAAAAAAAAAAAAAUCCGACUCCAAGCAAGCACAGAAGUCCAGUAUGACAUAUCAGUACAGUGACAUACGGAUGCCCGUGUGGCCACACUAAUUAUUGUCAGCGGCUGGGAGUGAUAUGGACUCGCAGAGAAAUGCAACGUCCUGCCCUUCUACAUCUUGAAUAGUGGGAGUCAUGAACCGCUGCAAGGUGACGCGUCCUCUGAUUUCAACCGAAACUUCAACCUAGACACGCCGUUUUUAUUUAUCACCAUCUGAACCUCACCAGCACAAACUGCACCAGCUCCUCGCUUAUCAAACAUAGGGAUCGGGACCAUCUUGCGCAGUGGGACGGCGAACGGAGCAAGCAGUGGCGGCGGCGGCGGCCACUCCGGGGAAUGUCGACUGGCCGUCAGUCCUGACAUCGGCCUCUUCUGAUCUCAGACACCAGAGUUGAUUUGAAUGAUUGGCACGUGGGAGCCACUGCAUGUUCACACAGACUGCUCCACUGCAAGCAGAGACAGAUUUGGUCCAUGUGUGGUCAGUGAAGUGUCCUAGAGAACAGCAUGGCAGUGUAUCAGUUGAGCGUCUGGGUGAGAUGAGUGUCAUCUGUAAGCAAUGUGAGCUCUAUUGACAAACCGGCACAGCUAUUCUCCAUACCAGACCUCCACCUCAAUCACCAGCCAAUCAAAUGCACCCAGACAAUAAACUGGCCAAUCAUGGCAAGCAGGUCACCAGUGACAGCCGAUCCCAAAUACCCAGUGUAAAUCAGCAGGCUCAGCAGCAGCAGGGAGCUGCUGGCCACCUGGGUCCAAAGGGCGUCGGAGCUGGGAGCCAUGGAGUCAAAACCAACCAGAUUUCCCCCGGCAAUCCUGGGCUGAAGACUGUCAGCCAAUCAGUGAGCAGCGUUGGAGGGAUGCUGAAAACCAAAUCGAAGCGGGAGCGGAGCGUCUCAAUUGACUCUGGUGAAUCAAGAAAUGCCAUUCCCCCAGCCCUGGAGACAGAUGCCAAAGGAGAGGGUGUUAUGCGCAGUAAGCGGCGCUGUGUUCUGGAAAAGAAACAGCCAUAUAGUGGAGAUGAAUGGUGUUCUGGACCUGACACAGAAGAAGAUGAAGACAAGCCACACACUGCAACCCACCGAGAGCGUGGGCUGACCGGUCCUAUCCAGGGGCUCUCUGAUCGCCUGUCUGCAGGGCCCAUGUCUGAGCCUGGGGGUCCUGUAAUGGGAUGUGGAGUGGGACCAGGGCUAAAGACAGAGCCACCUCAGGCUUCACAGCAAGUGGUGUAUGUUUUCACAACCAGCCUAGCCAACAGUGCUGCAGAGGCAGUAAUGAAAGGACAGGCUGAUUCCAUCCUUCGGUUUCACCAGCAAAAUGUACCACACACCAAGUUGGAGCAGGGCCACCCAUCAGGGAAGCUUCCUAACCUAUCUGAGAAGGUAAAUUCCAGCAGCUCUCCACCCACAGGUACCCCUAAAUCCCAAAGUGGAACUCCACGGCCAGCCUCUGCAGGAGUUGGAGGCCCAUUGCAUCCUGCAGGGACACCGUCAUCAGCGGGACACUCCGAUAAUGAAUCUUCUCAGACCAGACCUGGCGGUGCCUCUAGCAAUAACAGCAUUGUUACCCAUAGGUCAGAGGGAGGAAGCAUGGCCACACCUGCAGGCCCAGUCCCAGGAAAUGGCGAUGGGGAGGGUGCAGGGGGUAUGACUCUUCCUGUUGCUACUGUCUCCCCUUCAGGGAGUCCCCCAAUCCUAUCUGCACACUUACAGAGUGAUACAGGCCAGAGGAGUGGCCCAGGGAACACAGAUGGUCUUUCCAAAGAGCAGCUGGAACACAGGGAGCGCUCUUUGCAGACACUGAGAGACAUAGAGAGGCUGCUUCUGCGCAGUGGGGCAAGUGGAGGCCCUGGGGACACAGGAGGCUCGAACAACAAUGCUAGUAAUAACUCCUCCAACCUAAAUAAUAACAACAAUACUGAUAGGAGUGGUAUUCUCGAGGACAGUGACAAUGGUACUAAUAACUCUGGAAAUUGCAGUAAUAGUAAUAUGCUAUCAACAGCCUUGGCUCCAAUCGGAGGGAUGAAGAAAUACGAAGAACCCCUCCAGUCCAUCAUUUCUCAAACGCAGUCCCUUGGUGGACCUGCCCUUGACAGCCCUCAAAUGGACUCUCACCAUAACCUACCACAACACCCCCAUCACCAGCUGUCUUCACCUGGGGUCGACAUGGGUCCCUUACUCGGACCAGAAGGGCUAACCCCAGAGCAAAUGGCGUGGAGGAAACUUCAAGAAGAAUACUACCUAGAGAAGAGACGACAACAAGAUAUGCAACCCCCCACACAUCCCCAGCACUUUAGAAUGAUGACUGAGAUGGGCAUGCAUGGAGGUCCUAUCAUGAUGAGAGGACCCCCUCCUCCCUACCACAGCAAGCCUGGAGACCAGCAGUGGGGUCCUGGCAAUAUGAUGGGGGGAGGAAUGGGUGGAAAUGCACGAAUGAUAGACAUGCACCAAGAGGGACCCCGUGGCGCAAGGUUCCUGGGACAGAUGCAGAGAGGACCACCUGGGGGAGGGGGUUUUCCUGGUAGUACGGGCGGAGUUUUAUCAGUGGAGGGUCUAGGACCCCAAAGACCCACCAGGCCAGGGAUGAUUUGGCUAGAUGAUAUGCCCAACAACAUAGGUGGUGGAGGUCCUUUUCAUGGCUGCUACCCCAGUGGACCUCCUCAGCACUUGCAAGGUGACCCAGAGCAUUUAUUAACGCGUGAGGAAAUGUUUCGCAUCAUGGAGAAACGGCAGAUGCAGGGGCUUCCUAGAUUUGAACUUGACAGAUUAGCUAAACAGCAGCAACAGGGUAACCUUGGUUCAAGAAUUAUGGAUAAUCAUGGGGGCCCAGACUUUCCCAAUUUGGGAAUGGGCAGGGGUCCACCCUCCACUCGAGGUGAUCCUAUGGACUUUACUGGCCCACGGGAGAUUAUGGGCUCUCCUGGAGGGGGUCCUCAGAUGAGAGACUUGGUGGAUUCUCCUCUGGGGAGCCACCUCACAAUGAACAUGAAUCCACAGAUGAAUGUUCAGCAACAACAGCAGAUGAUGCUAUCUCAGAAACUCAGAGGAGGUCCUGCAGGAGGGGGGCCUUUAGGUGAGCUGUUUAGCCCUGGAGAGAUUUCACGAAUCAGGGCGUCACAGAAUGGAAGAGGAGUAAGUAAGGGAAUGAUCCCAGUACCUGAUGGCCCCUUCCAGUUUCCCAAUCAAGGUCCCUUCUCUGGAGGACAGGUGGAAGGGCCCUAUCUUCAACAACCUGGCCCUGAGAUGUUUGGGCCUGACCAGCAAGGUCCUAAUCAAAUGGGAGGUACGUCACGCCUUAGUCAUAUGCCGAUGACUGGAGGCUUUAGGGGACCAGACCUCGGUCCUAGGCACCCCUCUGACCUAUCAAUCAAUGUUAACCCCCUGACCUCUCCUUCAGUGCCUCCUCCUCAUCAGCUCAAGUCUCCAUCCCUCAACCAAGAGCCAUCUCCUCUUCUACCUUCCCCCUCUGCUCCAGGACUGAAGUCACCCUCACAGAUCUCCUCUGCAGGGCAUCACCCCCCUCUUCCCCCUGCAUCAGGUGCUGGGACUCCUUCGUCUUCUUCCAUGAAGUCUCCCCAGGUAAUGGGGUCUUCCAACCUUAUGUUGCACUCUCCGUCUGCCUCUCCUGGACAACUCAAGUCCCCAGCCAUGGCUGUGGGCUCUCCAGGGUGGUCAUCUCCUAAAACAGCUCUUCCAAGUCCAGGUGGUCCAACCAGUGGGAAGGUAGUGGGCAAUGGAGGAAGUAUUUCUACUGACACAGGCCAAACACUUCCCCCCAGGAGUUCCAACUCUACUCCCAUUAGCCAGCCAGGAUCUAUGAAUCCUAGUAUGCCGUUUACUUCCUCUCCCGAUGCCCCUCCAUCUCAGAAUCCUUUAUCUCUUAUCAUGUCUCAGAUGUCCAAGUAUGCCAUGCCCAGUUCUACUCCUCUCUACCAUGAUGCAAUCAAAACAAUUGCCACUUCCGAUGAUGAGAUGCUGCCAGAUCGACCUCUUCUGUCUGGUGUCAGCAUUGGAGGAAACAUGGGGAACCCCCAGACCUCCCAGAUACUUGUCUCCCAGGGCUCCAUUGGUCCCCACAGUGAUCCACAAAGCCCCAUGGGUAUUGUAGGCCAAGGUCAGCAGCACCUGUCCCAUGAUGCCUCAGGACCUGUGCUUUCUUCCCCAAACCACAUGGGCAUGCCUGCCAUGAAUUCUGCCAUGAUGGGGGGAGGCGCACCUGACAGAAUGGGGCCCUGCAAUGUUUCACCUAUAUCUCAGAACCAGAUGGUAGGUUUUCCUCGCAUCCAGCCACCACCUCAUGGGCCCAUGCACUCACCUAUUGGAGGAAUGUCACAGAAUUUCUCUCAGUCUAAUGAGGAUAUUCUGCCACCUCAGCAGUUACACCUGCUUAGCAAAGGUCAUCCUCACCAACGCCCCUCUCACCCCUCAGACUCAUUUGCCUCUUUGCCCAUGGGGGAUGGCCCGGAUCUAAGUGAAGUCAUAAGACCCACUCACACAGGGAUCCCUGAGUUUGAUCUCUCCCGCAUCAUCCCUUCUGACAAGCCCAGUAGCACUCUUCAGUAUUUCCCCAAGAGUGAGCCACAUCAAGGGCCACCAUCCCAGCAACCUACUCCACAGCAGCUCCUCAAACAGCUGUCUUCUUCUGGCUCUCCCCACAGCAGUGGCUCUUCAUCCAACCCCCACUUAGCAAACCUACAGAAUAUGAUGGCUGAACAGCAGCUGCCACCUCACCCCUCACAUGGUGGAAUACGUCAAAGCAUGGGCAUUCCUCAGGGGGGCUCUAGGGGUAUGGUUUCUGGUGGGGGCAUGGGCCCCAUGUGUCCCCCCGGACAUAUGAUGGGAAGGACAGGCAUGGUGCCCCAGCAGCAACUCCAGCAACAGCAAGCCAUGAUGGCAAACAGUCUUUUCCACCAUCCUUCCAAUCCAUACCCUGGCAUGAUGUCCUCCCAGCAGCACCCACACAAUCUGAUGGCACAGCAGAACAUUAUGAUGAUGCAGGCUAAGCAGCGAAGCAUGUCAAUUCCAGGGGAUCCCUUUGGCCCCCAGGGUCCUCUAAUGUCCCCUCAGGGUCCCAUGAUGGCCCCCUCCCACCCACAGUCUGGUAUGAUGGGCCCCCAGUCUCUCAGACAGCGUGGAAUGUCUCUGGACAGUCCCAUUGGCUAUGGCUCCGGAGGUAUGGCCAAUAUGCCAUUCUGAUCCAGCUCACAUAAACUGUAAAAAAACAAAAA